AUGCAGUUGAAUCUGUUAGACAAGAUGGAGAUAGUUCUGAAAGAAAGGAUUCUUCUAACAACAAACCUUCUGCAUCAGAAACAGACACAAAACGUGCCAAACAGCAAUUUGCUUAACGUUCACGGGUUCGGAAGCUUCAGUACAUUGCUGAGCUGGAAAAGAAUGUACAGGCUUUACAGGCAGAGGGUUCUGAGGUGUCUGCUGAGGUGGAAUUUCUGA